AGGGGAUGACCAGAGACUGCAGACACAGUACAGGGGAUGACCAGAGACUGCAGACACAGUACAGGGGAUGACCAGAGACUGCGGACACAGUACAGGGGAUGACCAGAGACUGUGGACACAGUACAGGAGAUGACCAGAGACUGUGGACACAGUACAGGAGAUGACCAGAGACUGUGGACACAGUACAGGAGAUGACCAGAGACUGUGGACACAGUACAGGAGAUGAACAGAGACUGUGGACACAGUACAGGAGAUGACCAGAGACUGUGGACACAGUACAGGAGAUGACCAGAGACUGUGGACACAGUACAGGAGAUGACCAGACACUGCGGACACAGUACAGGAGAUGACCAGAGACUGCGGACAGUACAGGAGAUGACCAGAGACUGGAGACACAGUACAGGAGAUGACCAGAGACUGGAGACACAGUACAGGAGAUGUCCAGAGACUGGAGACACCGUACAGGAGAUGUCCAGAGACUGGAGACACAGUACAGGAGAUGUCCAGAGACUGGAGACACAGUACAGGAGAUGUCCAGAGACUGGAGACACAGUACAGGAGAUGUCCAGAGACUGGAGACACAGUACAGGAGAUGUCCAGAGACUGGAGACACAGUACAGGAGAUGACCAGAGACUGCAGACAUAGUACAGGAGAUGACCAGAGACUGCAGACAUAGUACAGGAGAUGACCAGAGACUGCAGACAUAGUACAGGAGAUGACCAGAGACUGCAGAAAUACUACAGG